AUGAAAAUAUUACACACGGAUGACACAUCUAUCUAUCUAUCUAUCUAUCUAUCUAUCUAUCUAUCUAUGUCAGUCUGUUCAUAUUUGUCUCUCUCUCUCUCUCUCACUCUUUCUCUCUCUCUUUUCUCACGCACGCGCGUUGUCUAUUUCCCUCUGUUCAUACCUAUCUAUCUAUCUCUCUAUCUAUAUCCCUCUGUUCAUAUCUAUCUAUCUAUCUAUCUAUCUAUCUAUGUCAGUCUGUUCAUAUUUGUCUCUCUCUUUCAUUCUCUCUCUCUCCUUUCUCUCUCGCACGCACGUUGUCUAUGUCCCUCUGUUCAUAUCUAUCUAUCUAUCUAUGUAAGUCUGUUCAUAUUUGUCUCUCUCUCUCUCUCAUUCUCUCUCUCUUUUCUCAUGCACGCGCGUUGUCUAUUUCCCUCUGUUCAUACCUCUCUAUCUAUCUAUAUCCCUCUGUUCAUAUAUAUAUAUCUAUCUAUCUAUGGUAGUCUGUACAUAUUUGUCUCUCUCUUUCAUUCUCUCUCUCUUUCUCUCACGCACGAGCGUUUUCUAUCUCCCUCUGUUCAUGUCUAUCUAUCUAUCUAUCUAUCUAUCUAUCUAUCUAUCUCCAUACUCGCAUCGAAGGAGAGGCCUUGGCGAAUCGGCCACGGCAAACCUCUGGCAUUUUGUCAAAGUGACCAGCCGUCCGUUAGUGAGUUUGUCAUCGCCAGGAAAUCCGUGAUCGCUCGUCCUUGUCAUUUGCUCAAACGUGUGUAA